GAUAAACCAGGGCUGCUGAGCAUGGCAAAUGCAGGACCUGGUACUAAUGGCUCUCAGUUCUUUAUUACAACUGUGCCUACUUCUCACCUGGAUGGGAAACAUGUGGUGUUUGGCCAAGUGAUUAAAGGAAUGGGUGUAGUUAAAAUAUUAGAAAACGUUGAAGUAAAAGGAGAAAGUCCUGCUAAGUUGUGCAUCAUUGCAGAAUGUGGAGAGCUAAAGGAAGGAGAUGACUGGGGAAUUGUUCCCCAGGAUGGAUCUGGAGAUGCUCACCCAGAUUUUCCUGAAGAUUCAGAUAUAGACUUGAAAGAUGUUGACAAGAUUGUGGCCAUAGCAGAAGACAUAAAGAAUAUAGGAAAUACUUCCUUCAAAUCGCAAAAUUGGGCAGUGGCAGCUAAAAAGUAUAGUAAAAGUUUACGGUAUGUAGAAGCUUCUGAAGCAGUGGCAGAGGAGGCAGACAAACCAAAGUUAAAGACUGUUGCUUUGACCUGUGUUUUAAACAUUGGAGCUUGUAAACUAAAACUGUCAGAUUGGCAGGGAGCCAUUGAAAGUUGUUCAGAGGCUCUUAAAAUAGAUCCAGCAAAUACUAAAGCUCUCUACAGACGGGCUCAAGGAUGGCAGGGAAUAAAAGAUCUCGAUCAGGCAUUGGCUGAUCUUAAAAAGGCUCAUGAAAUAGCCCCUGAAGACAAAGCUAUCCAGACAGAAACACUCAAAAUCAAACAGAAGAUAAAAGCCCAAAAGGAAAAAGAGAAGGCAGCUUAUGCUAAAAUGUUUGCUUGAUUUUUUUCUUUAAAAUCUAUGCACUAACUCAUGCAAAAGGAUAAAUGGAGCUGCUUCUUUCAUUUGCCCUGUACUGCAGUUUUCAGUGUUUACAACUCAAAAGUCUAAUAAUAAAGACAAACUGUUCAAUGGUGAA